CAUAUACGGUCCCAUCGCGGGCUUCUGUCGUGUGCCUCGAACCCCCUCUCCGCCUUCUGCCGUCACCUUACAGGAUGCCGCGGCACAGCAAGAACAACACGGCCUCUGGCCACUUUACAAAGGCCGAGUUCGAGAUGCUGCGCGAUGUCUGGGGCAGCCAGCGUGCCCGACUGGGAGCCGAGUCGAUGCGGCACUAUGACCAGUGCGCGCUGUGCCUGCACACCGUCGAGCAGCCCGUGUGCUGCAGCAAGGGACAUCUCUUCUGCAAAGAGUGCAUCCUCACGAACCUCGUCGAGCAGAAGCGAGAUAUUGCCGCGCUCAAGGCGACGCUGGCGAGGCUCGACCGGGAGCAAGAGGAGGAAAAGGCCAGGGCGAGACAAGUGGCCAUUGAGCGCGUCCAGCGCGACUUUGAACAGAUCCACUCGGGCGUCGGGAGAACGGAGAGGGGCCGGGAAAGAGGCGCAAGGAGUAGCGCAAGUCCGCCUCCGAGAACGAGGAACCGAUCGGCAUCGCCGCGUGGCGACGAGGGCGAAGGGGGUCUGGCUUCGUCACUCGCCAAGCGCAUCUCGUCGCAGACCGAACGGGCCAUCGCUGCAGCGUUGGCCGAGGUUGAGGCAGAGCAGCUCGCCAAGCGCAAGGCUUCCAUCCCCUCCUACUGGCUCCCUUCCCUCACGCCAACAUCUCACACGGACGCAAAGCAGCGGAGCAAAGACGUUGUUGCGCAGGCAAAGAACAUCGAGGGCACUCGCUGCUUCGUCGCAGACAAGCUCGGGCACGACGUCAGCAUCAAGAACCUCGUCGACGUUAAGUUUGUCAAGGCUGAAACCCAAGCUGAGGGAGAGGGGAAUCCAAAAGUAGUCUGUCCAAGCUGCAAAAAGACGCUGGGGGAUGUAACGAGGCUCGUUGCACUCCGACGAUGUGGCCACGUAUUUUGCAAGUCCUGCGUCGACACGCUCAUACUGCCCUCCCUGAAAGACGCAAAGGAAGGACGGACAUCGUGCUUGGAAUGCAACAAGGCCGUCAAGGACGGACAGCGGGACCUCAUCGAUCUGCAGCGCGAGGGCACAGGCUUUGCAGCGGCCGGCACUCUCGACACAAAGGUCAAGGGUGUUUCCUUCCAAGGUUGAGUCAUACGCUGCUGGCAUCGAGUGAACAGAAAGCAUCCAAUUGUACUUCUAUAAUGAUUGUCACAUGUGCUUGUGAGAGAGAAAGAG